UCGUAGUUACUGUCCACUCUACGCUCCGCUGGUAAGAAAGGGGGUUAACGCUUUACGGUGGUGGCACUGUCGGAGUGACGUUCUACGGGUCUACAGGUAUAAGGUGCGGCGACCCCAUGUUCUGAGAGGACGUCACGGGUCUACAGGCAUACAGCAUGAAGCAGAAGGCACUGUGGGAUGUAGUGUUUCUUCUGGGCAUUACAACCACUUAUGCUGCCGCUUCCAGGAACCACGGCCGCCCACUUCUCCUCAACAGUCGAUCAAACAAACCUACACAAAGUCCGCCAAUUUCAGACCAGUUCCCGGACAAAGAAGGUGAAAGGCGACAGCUCUCAGGUCAUGCCAAAGUGAAUUCCGAUUAUUUCUCUGACUCAGGAAAUGGCGAGGAAACCUCAAAACACAAUCAAGCUUCUACCGGCGAUGACUCCGAUAAGGUCUCUGGUAGCACUUAUGUCGCUCAAAGAGACACUUUUCAGUCUUUAUGGGAGAUUCUGGCUUCUUUAAGUAACCGCCCAGCAGAGGAUUCUUACAACAUCCUGGAACUUGUAGUUAAGAACCACAAGUCACCAGUGAAAUGUGAAAAUCUCUCUAUUAAGAUGAAAGAGUGUCUGGAGAAUAUGAAGAGACAUUCGGCAACAAUUCAGAAAUCUUCAGAAAGAAUAAACCACCCGGAUGACGUCAAACAUAAAUCAGAGAGGAAGCAGAAUUCUCAGACUACUAUUCAAGACAUUGUUGACGACUCCCAGGAACAGUCAAAAAACAUAAAUGAAUUCCCUGAGAGUAUGAAAAAAAGUCUAAACAACACUGUAAACGCUCCAGACCAUGUGAGUGAGAGUUACGUUUCUUUAGAUCAACCAUUGAGGAACCUCCAGCUAUUUUUGACAGGGAAUUCAUCGACAACAAUACAACAGCCUCCUGACAGACUCUUCAACCCAUUUCUUACUACACAUAAUAAAUAUAUUAACCGUGGGCGAAGUUCCUUUGGUCCUGAAGGGUCGUCUCCUCAGGCGCAGAAACAUUUAUUCCACUAUCUGCAGAAGAAACAUAACCCACUUAGAAUUCACGCGAACCAAGUGUCGAAAACACCUCCCACCAUACACGAUGGAAGUACUGAUGACUACAGAGAGCUGAUUGAAGCAUAUCUAGAAGACAAAAGAAAUGUUAAUGAUAUUUCUUAUUGUGGACAUUAUUCCCACCAUCAAAAUCUUAUUCCCGGAGAACUGAUCAAUGCAGAAUAUCCGAGGGAAGGAAAAAGAUCAAAGAGAACAGCAAGUGAUUAUCAUCUUCGGCAGGAGAGAUCUUCAGCGUCUUACAAUCAUGUUGUCUACCAGGAGGACUCAGGGGACACUAUGGAUCAUCGACCUUCCCUCACCCCUCAGCCGCUGUCAGAUAGCGGCGUCAAGCUGGGUGGUUUCCUCAUCGACGUUCUCAUCACCACAGGACACGUCGACAUCCACCUCGUCACUCAGGGCAAUAUUGUACAAGGGCUGGACACAGUAGCGUCGAUGAUGAACGAUCGGUACAUUCAGAUUGAAAUAUGGACUGACCUGACGCUGUUUCUCACACACCUUGGCCCCACGGAAGGUUACCUGAGUACUGACCAAUUCAUCGUGUAUGGGUCUUCUUCCGACAUUCUCUCCAUCAUCAAAAAGAGACGAAUCUUCAUGGACGUCAUCAACACAGGGAUAACAACGUGGUACUAUGUGGUGCUGGACGACACAGCUACUAAUCAGGAACUAGCGGAUGCCCUGGAGGAGGGGUCUCACUCCCUCCUGCUGCGCCCCUCACAGUAUUCCUCACAAGACUGGGCAGCCUACACCCUUAUCUCUCCUGGCGACGGCACCAGGCACUUCCGCUUCGUGGGCAAGUGGACCAAGGGUAACGGGCUGAAGGUAAUAAGACAGCUGUUCCCUCCUUUUUCUACUAACCUGUGGGGCCGAAAACUCACCAUAGGCGUCAUCAACAAGCCGCGAGUGUUGCAGCUACAGGAGGCCACGAGGUCCUCCCCGGCCACCAUGGAAGGAUACUCCCACGAUAUCCUGGUGGUGAUAGAGCGCUACCUCAACUUCAGCGUCGUCCCCCGCAGGUUCAAGGACUGGGGCACUCCAGCACGCAACGGAUCCUGGGAUGGCGUCAUAGGAGCCCUCUUCAGGAAGGAGAUUGACUUCAGCCCCAUGGACUUUACACCAACGAAGGAGAGUCGUGAGGUGAUUGACUUCAGUGAGUGGGUCGGCGAAGAUCCUGUGGUGAUUACCUCAGCAGCUCCUCAACCCAUGAUAAGGCCCUUCCUUCUGCUGGAGAUCUACCAUCCCUGGGUGUACGUGUCCAUGUUAGGUGUGCUGGGGAUGAGUGGGGUGACUAUAUAUCUGCUCACCUGGGCUAACGUGGUACUCCUGAAGGGGGUCUACCCUCCGCCACGCUCACUGCGCUUUACGGACUUGUUCUUCAGUGCCUGCAAGACCGUCGUGUCGCAAUGGGUGAGGGUGUUACCGAGAGAGUUUAGUGCCAGGGUGUUCUUCAUGAUGGUGCUGAGUAUGUCCCUAGUGCUUGAUGCCGCCUACCAGGGACACAUUACUGCCUUCAUCGCCCUACCUAGAUUCACGGCGGUGAUCGACAACCACGAGCAGCUGUCGGCAAACAAGAGCGUGAUUCCGGUGACAGAGCGACACUCAACCACCCAGACGAUGAUCAUGGAAUCAGAGAGAGAGUCCUUCCAGAAGCUAGCGGCCCGCCUUCAGGUGUUUGACGCUAUUUUUUUGGACUCGGCAGCCUUCUACGAGGGCAUCGCGGUCGGCAAGUGGGCCUUUGUAGACUCAUACAGCUCGACGUACGGAAGAGCUCUGGACUAUGAGGUUGAAGGCCAACGCUGCAGGUUCUAUGUAUCAAGAAACAGUGUAAUUGGAGGUCUUGACGCAUGGCCAUUCCCCAGGAACUCUCCCGUUCACUCUCAGAUAUCAACCUCACUCAAGUGGCUGCGUUACUACGGCAUUCUGGAACAGAUUAAAUCCCGUUAUUACCAGUCCAGGUGUCAGACGACCAAAGGGCUCAAGUCUCGGGAGGGGCCUAACAAGAUGGAUAUAUUAAUGAUGCAGUCUAGUUUCUACGUGUUAGGUGUUGGCUGCUCCGUGGGGAUGUCCGUGUUUGUAGCCGAGAUAGUGGUGGUUACUCUGAGGAAGUACUGCUUGUGGUAAAUGUUGGUUGGUGUUGGUGGUGGUGACUGUAAGGAAGUACUCCUUGUGGUAAAUGUGGUGGUGGUGGUGGUGACUGUGAGGAAGUACUGCU